UUCACCUAUGCUACAAACAUUGUUUAGACUUUCAUAUGAUUAUUAAGUAUAUAAACAAAGAAUGAAAUGAAUGAGCAGCCGGGUGACCUGUCAAAGCAUGUUGCAAAGUUGACGGCUCAUCUAUUUGAUAACCGGAAAACGGUUAACGUUAACCGUCUCCAAUCAAAUAAAAAAAGGUCAUCGUUCCCAACGAACGAAAUACAUUUCCAACCUCGAAAUCUCUUCUAAACUUAUCACCACACCAUCUUUUCUUCAAUCCGAAGCUAAUGGAUCAUCCCUACAAAACCCUAGAAAUCGUUCGCGAGAACACUUCAUCCUCCGUCUUCCACCUCAUCCUCAACAGGCCGUCGCAACUCAACGCCCUAUCCCUCGACUCCUUCGCCGAGCUCCCGAAAGCCCUAUCCUCCCUCGACCAAAACCCAGACGUCUCCGUCAUCGUCCUCUCCGGCGCCGGAAAACACUUCUGCUCCGGCAUCGACCUCGCCUCCCUCUCCUCGAUCUCGGCCCGAGCCUCCUCCGGCGGCGACAGGGGACGCUCGAGCGAGCUUCUACGCCGCAGGAUCGGAUCGAUGCAGGCGGCGAUAACCGCCGUGGAACGGUGCCGGAAGCCCGUCAUCGCCGCCGUGCACGGCGCGUGUAUAGGAGGAGGCGUCGAUCUCGUCACGGCCUGCGACGUUAGGUACUGCUCCGAGGACGCGUUCUUCUCGGUCAAGGAGGUUGAUCUCGCGAUCGUCGCGGAUCUCGGUACGCUCCAGCGGUUGCCGAGGAUCGUCGGGUAUGCUAACGCUAUGGAGUUGGCGUUGACGGCGAGACGGUUCUCGGGUGGUGAGGCGAAGGAUCUUGGGCUCGUUUCUCGGGUUUUCGGAUCUAAGUCGGAGCUUGAUAAAGGCGUCACGAUGAUCGCUGAAGGGAUAGCGGCGAAGUCUCCUUUAGCUGUGACGGGGACAAAGGCUGUGUUGUUAAGAAGUAGAGAGAUGAGUGUGGAACAAGGUCUUGACUACGUGGCUACUUGGAACUCGGGUAUGCUUAUAUCGGAUGAUCUCAACGAAGCUGUGUCUGCUCAGAUGAUGAAAAGACAACCUCGUUUCUCUAAGCUGUGAAACAAGAGUCUCUCGGUUGCUUUCUUCUUGUGUCUGCCUGGCAACAAAACAAUAAGGUCUUUCUUUCUUGGAAGAACUUUGAGAAAAAAAAAAGAUUUGUUAUAUAUAGUUUCUACAGCAGCUUGAAUAAGUUUGAUGAUUUUUAGUUUGGGCUUUGAUUCGAGUCUCGAUCGUUCACAUUUCCUGUAAGUUGAAGAUCUCUUCGGUAAUUCCUAUUUAUUCAUCCCUUUAUAUCA